GUCCAUUAACAUUGAAACGUAAAAGUGGAUAGAAAGAUCUAAUCUCUAGUACUCUACAAAAUCUCUAGAUUAGAUCUAGAUUAGAUCUAAUUCUAGUCUUAUCUUUGCUGCUUUAGACAUCAAUCUGCUGUUGAAUAUUCGAUGGAUUCCUGUGUAGUUAAGUCUGAAUCACCUUUGGAUAGAUGUCAAGGCCUACUUACUACUCAGGACAGAUAUGUUUAGUAUUAUAUUUUGGGUAAGAAAAGAACAAUGGAAACAUGCAAAGUAUGCUGGAAUUGCAGAGGUCUUUUUGUUGGAGAGAAAUGCACAGAUUUGGCAAUUCAGUAUCACCUUAAAUCUUGUAAAGACUGUGCACCUUACUAUAUCAACAAAGAAUCUGAACCAUCUACUUUUGACUUUUAUGUAUGUGACAGAUCUGAUUACAAAGCCUUUGCAGCAUUAAAAAGGACUCUAAGCAAACAUGGUAAACAGUUGCUCUCAAGUCUACAGACUAUGCUUCCUCGUAAUAUAUUGAAAAUUCUUCUAGCUCUAUGUUCACCUGAUCUGUCAAGCAAAGGCAAUAAGCCCACACAUUUUAAUAAUGAAAACCAACAGCUUAAAUGUGAUAAGGAAUGUCAAACUUUUAUUCAUACCAUACCUUUAAAAAAUGUUACAGUUAACUCUGCUUCUGUAAUUCUUAACACCACACCAGUUACAGAAAAUGAUAGUACAGCUUUAUUUCCACAUCAAGGAUCUAUUAAAACAUUUCCAGACACUGAAAAACCAUCAGACACUGAUAGUGUAAAGAUGUCAGCUCCCCUGGACUCUAUUGGAAAACUUUCAUCUCAGUGUCAUAUAUCAAAAACGGAUUAUCAAACAGUUUAUAUUUGUAAACUUUGCACACACCAAUCUAAAACUGAUAAACUGAUGCUGAGGCAUUUACUUUCACAUAAUGAUGGCCAAGCUUUUGAAUGUUCUACCUGCAAAUACUCAACCAUCUGGCGCAAGGAUUGGAAGCAUCACUUGCUACACAAUCAUGGUGAACAAAAAUUACUAUGCCAUUUUUGUGGUGCAGAGUUUUUUAGGAAAGAUGCAUUUGAUCAACACUUAGCAACUACCCAUUCUGAUUCAGAAAGCUUGGCAGAAAACAAAUAUAAAUGCAGUGAAUGCAACUAUGUAGCUAGAAACAUGGCAACACUUAAAGAACACACAAGAAAACAUACUGGUGAAAUGAUUACAUGUCCACAUGAAGGGUGCUCCUUUGCAUCUUUGUAUGAAAGAUCUCUCACUAAACACCUGAAACAGAAACAUGCUGAGGAUAAAUGCCAUGUUUGCUGUGUGUGUGGUUUCCAGACACGACACACUGCAUCCCUAGCUAAACACAUGAUGCUUCAUAGAGACUACAAACCAUACAAAUGUGCCCAGUGCUCAUUUACAGCAUUAUUUCCAUCAGAAAUCAUUUCACAUGCUAAGAGCAGACACCUCAAGCAAAAACAAUAUUCAUGCCCUAAAUGCCCCUUUAAGACGAGCUAUGCACUAGCUAUAAGAAAACAUAUUGCUCGGCAUGAUGGUGUUAAGGGCUAUGCUUGCUCAAUCUGUGGAGAAGCCUUAGAGAGUAUGCUGAAAGCUAAGAAACAUAUGGUUAAUGACCAUGGAUGCAAUGACUAUCAAAUUAUUCAAGAGCAAAGUUUAGAAAAAGUAAAACCAAGUGAUUAUAAAAUUGCUAAUCUCAAAAAAGAUAGAAUAGAAAAUGCUUAUGUGACUUUGAACAGUCUAAUAAUAAAUGAGAAACUAGAUAAAAAACCAGAUGCUGAAAGUACGUCACAUGAAAUGGUUUCUGAAUUGCUGGAUGUUCCAUUACCAUCAGAGAGUAUUACAGACACAAUUUCUUCUAAGGCUUUAAGCCCAGAAAGAAACAUUUACACCAACAGUGUACCAUCUAGUAAGGGAGGUAAUCCAAUGCUGUGUGCCACCACCACCAACCUCAAUGACAAUGAUAACAGCAUGAUUGAAGACUCUCUCUUUGACCUCAUGUCAGAUUUCCCAAGACCACCUACCCUAAACAGAUGCCAGUCAGCUAGUACCUUAAUGUUUGCAUCUUUUUCUCCACAUCUGGUUGAUAGACCAUUGACACCUGACUUUUUUACAGACAGCCCAUCUGUGGGAUCUUUCUUCACCAAUUAUACCUCAAAGAAUUUAGAAUCUGAAGCGUUAACCCUUGGCACAUUUGAAUCUAAUGCUCAUUCUAUGUCUGUACCACAGUCCAAUAGUAUUUUAAUAUCCUUAAGGGCAGUAAACCCACCUUCACCCAUUUUACCCAGCUUUGUAAGCUCCCCUGGCGUUGGUUCCCUUACCUCAAUGAGCAAUGUUACAUUAGCUCAAUUGCCUGUGCAGGAAAGUGUUUGCAUGGACUUAGACACGAUUCUACCCAGCACAGUUUUGUCCAAACCUCCAAAGCAGAAAACAUCUAGAACUCAAUGUGAUAAAAAAAUAUCACGGAUACCUUUUGCCACAUCUAAGUCAGCAUUCACCAGCAUAAGCACUGAUUUUUCACCUGAAAUACAAGCUGCUGUGGCAUCUAUACCACUCCCAGAAGAUUCAACUCAAAAUAUUUCUCUCACAGAAGAAUCUCCAUUUCCUUCACAGAUUUAAGACAAAUGUGGAUUUGUUUACAAUCAAUGGUUAAAAUGUUUCUUUUUCUGUGAUUUGCUGUAAUUAAAAAUUGUUUGCUUAGGAAAGUAAUCAAUUUUGAAAUUAUGCUAUGUUACUAUGAAUGUUGAUUUAAAUCAGGGGUCUCCAAGAUGCGGCCCGCGAAGUCCUCUCAUCCGGCCCGCGGAGAUCUUUUUGUCUAAAGAAAAAUCGUUUGUUGGUGAUGGCUGAGGAACUUUGCCCAAAGAAAUCAAAGACAUGCCUGGAAGAAACUGGCCCCCAAACUGAAAUUUGAUAGUUAAUGUGGCCCUCUGUCUGAAAAGUUUGGAGACCUCUGAUUUAAAUGUUUUAAUCAUGAUUUUUAGUUAUCAAAAAGGUAUUCAGCUUUUACACAACUUAUAUUCAAUUUCAAUAUUUUAGUAAAAAUUUUUACUGAUCAUUGAAUUCUAUAGAGUAUAAAGAUGGAACACCAAAUGAUAAACAAAUGCAUCUUUAUUUAUUUAAUCCCAGUGUAACGAAUAAAAGCAAAUACAAGUUGUACAUUAACUGUAACUAACAUUACCAUGUGGUUAUUAAAUUGUGGAAUAACAAAGCAUAAUAAAAAAUUAAUAAUAAAUUUUU